AUGUCAGGCUUGCUCCCCAAGAUAGACCGGUCCAAGACGGUCAAGUCCAAAGACUACCGCGGGUCCAGCUCUUUCGCGACCUUCAUGAUUGUCGGGCCCGUAUGCUUCUUCCUCGGCAUAAUCUUUGCCCAGUUCCCGUACGACUACCCGCUCCUCUGGACCUCCGAGCCUGUCGCCGCGUCGUUCUUCGACCAGCUCGAGACACAUUUGAAAUGGAUGCACCAGUCGCCGCCGCUUAUCGCCCGCCUCCUGCACAUCGUCAUGGCCGUCGGCUUCCUGGGCUUCUUCAUCAAGCUGUUCAAGCCCUCCGAGAGCAACAUGCUCUUCGAUGGCGCCUCCCUGGUCCUCUAUGUCAUCGGCAUGGGGGUCUAUCUGGCGAACAUUGUGAAGGGCUUCAGGACCAUAUCGAGCGAUCUGUGGACCAGCGGGGAGUAUCUGGAGAAGCACGAUGGUCCCCUUACUGGAGAGAUCAUACUGGGGCGGGAUGAUAGCCUGAAGGUGAUGGCCGCGAGCAACACGAUCCUUGCGCUGGUCCUGGUUGGAAUCUUGGUCCUCCAGGGCGGCCAGUGGUACGCCGAGAAGAAGGAGCUGGAUGAGUACGACGAGAUCGAGAAGUCAGAAGAGCAGGCCAAGGGCGCUGCGAAGAAGAAGCAAUAG